GGAAGCGCCGGUGCUGGAUGGACCAGAGCAGAUUGAUGGCUGCAGCCGUUGAGCGUUUACAGAAUUAGAGAUUAGUUUGAAUUUGACUGCGGAUUUCGUGGAGUGGUGCUAUGUCUUCGGGAAUGACCGGACAAACACCUUGCCUCUCCAGUCGAUGGGAUCAGCCUGCCCAGCCCAAACAGGGUGUAGACCUGACACCACAGAGGGGGGGUGAAAAUGCAGCCCACCCUGUGUCUUCUUUAUCUGGUGUUGUGAGUACGACUGCUGCAGAUGGUUCUGUUUCCCAGCCGGUCCGAACCGAAGCAGAACCCUUGGUACCUGGAGCAGACAGACCAGCGCCUCCAGGUGGUGUUGAAAUGGCUGCAGCUAUGGCGGCCAAAAUCAACGCCAUGUUAAUGGCCAAAGGAAAGCUGCUGACCCCUCCCCCUUUACUGGCAAAGAGCCCUCCUGUAAUACCAGUGCCAGUGAGCACAGAGGACAUGGUGGUCACAGAGGUGGACAUUAAUGAUGUCCCCCUGAACUGUAGAGACCUGCUGACCAAAGGCAAAACACAGGAGGAGAUUCGUCAGUUCAGUGGGGCCGUCGUCUCCACCAAAGGUCAUUACAUGACAGAGGCUGAAAAAGGAACAGGACCAGGCCAAAGGCCUUUGUAUCUGCAUGUCCAGGGGAAGACCCAGGAGCAGGUCAACAAAGCUGUGAUGAGAAUAAAAGAACUCAUCUCUGAGGAUCUACUGAAGGCGUCAGCAGCGUCAGGGGGUCAACAGGUUCCUGUGAUGCCUCCGCUGACGCUGUACCCUCAGCCCCCCCGGCCCGUCCCCCCCCCCCCAUGCCCACGGAUGCCUACCACCAGCCCAGUGCCGGGUCAGGGACAUCGACCUGCCGCUCCUCAUUCAGGAAGUUUUGUUCACACAAAGAUUUUUGUGGGCAUGGACCAAGCAUUGCCUUCGUUUAAUGUGAAUGAGAAGGUGGAGGGUCCAGGGGGUUCGUAUCUGAGCCACAUCCAGACUGAGACCGGGGCUCGAGUCUUCCUCCGGGGAAAAGGAUCCGGAUACAUCGAACAAGCGUCCAAACGAGAGUCCUUUGAGCCUCUUUACGUCUACAUCAGUCACCCAAAUGCAGCCGGACUGGAGGCAGCAAAGAAGCUGACUGAGAGUCUGCUGGAAACUGUCCGAGCUGAACACGGUCGGAUGGCGUCCAUGUACUCAGGCAGCGGCUCCUCCACACAAUCAUACGCAGCUCAUGGAUAUCCACCUAAUAGCACUUACUCUAGCCAGGGGUCCUGGUAUAACUACCCAGUCAAUGGGUAUGCUGGCGGAUAUUCAGUGUACCCAGGAGCCGCUGGUUAUUGGAGUAAUGCAAAUGGUCCCCCAAGUCAUUCUAACAUGUCGACAAACCCUCCAUCUUCUCAGGCAAUGGUUCAGUAUCCGGUGUGUCCCAGGAAACAGCAUCCCUAUCUGGUCCAGGGUCCUGGCAGCGGUGACAAAGAGGAGCCUGACGGACUGGGAAACACCCUCCCCAACUCAGGAAGUCCCAAACAUCAUCUGCAGGAAGGGGGAAAGGAUCAACCGUCGAUCAUCUGUCCUCCAGACGCUCCGGAUCAGCACCAGUCUGCAUGUCCUGCCUCCAGCGGUGCAGAGGACAGACCAAUAGGAAGGUUUCUGAUGCCACCACCACCGCCACCAUGUGUAUCUUCUCCCCCCAUUGGACGUAAACGGCCCAGAGGCUCCGAGCCAGAGGAUGGAGCUGUGGCGUCCGUUGCCGUGGCACCUGUCGCCGCCCCCUUUGACGUUCUAGAGGGGGGAUGUGAAAAGAAGAAGUGGAAGGUGGAGGAGGACACGUCAGGGCUGGUGCCCUAUGGAGGAGACUCCUCCGACGAAGAGGAAGAGAGGACGCAGAGCAGGAAGAGUGACAAGUCCUAGCCCCACCCCCUUCCUGGAGCCCGCACACCUCCACUGAUGAUCAGUAAAAUCACUCAGUCACUUCACACCCAUGAAAGGACCAGUCCAGUCCACCCUGGACUGGUCCACCCAGGACUAGUCCAGUCCACCCUGGACCAGUCCACCCAGGACCAGUCCACCCAGGACCGUCCAACACUGUCCUCACGAGGGCUGUGUAUUGGCAAGAAUCUGGUGAUACGAUACAAAUCACAAUACUAGGAUCACAAUAUGAUAUAUUGUGAUAUAUCACGUUAUUGUUAAAA